AUGUUCGACUUGUGUGCCAGAGAGCUACACCAUACUAUCGAGUAUUACAUAUUGUAUGAACAGGGUGAUCAUGGCCCAGCUGUCAAAAGAUGUUAUCCCAGUGAUCUAUCUAAUGUAUUCAUUGAACGUAUAAUCGAAUUUGCAUUUUGUUGUGAUGAUAGACGUUUAUCAGUGGAGGAAUUUGUGAUUGUAUUCACAGAUGCCAAAGGCAUAUUGGAAUUCGUUUUUUGUUACCAGCCAAACGAAAGAUUUCUGCUUUGCAUUUCAAGCAAAUUUCCUUGGUGUGAGUGCUUUCACUCUCUGCUAAGCAUUUUAUGGCAUCAUGGUCUUUAUCGUGAUGUUCACUGGUCCAUCAUGGAGCCAUUCUUCUCUCACCUAAGUUCUGCUAUUCCACCUCGUUUACCGAUCGAUCGUAUUCAAUGUGCGAAUCCAUUCAACCCGUCUAUGGGUUUUGUGCUCCGAAUUCCAACACCCCAAUCUCCACAUUAUUUGAACUACGUUAUAGAGUAUUACAAUGCAUUGGAUCUUUCAUUGUGGAUACAUAUAUUUGUAAGCUUACUUUUGGAGCGAAGUUUACUAUUCUGUUCAAGACGGUUGACAAAGUUGACAGCGUGUGUCUUAACUUCAGUUUCAUUGUUGUAUCCGAUUCAAUGGGCUCAUUCAUUCUACCCACUAAUUCCAGACAAAGUACUCGGUGUUUUGGAAUGUCCAGUUCCGUUUGUGGCUGGUAUACAUUCUUGUAAUUUGGAGAAAGCGAAAGAGCAUUUAAGCGCUGGAACACGUUUAGUGGAUUUGGACUUGGGUCAAAUUUUUGUGCAUAAACCAACUACAAAUGAUUUACAUACUGAAUAUAUGGAUAUGGAGUUGGGUACACCAAAAGCAAUAUAUAGUUUUUUACAUCAUCAAUUGAAAGAAAUUCAACGACAAUUAAAUGAGACGAUGAAUUCAAAAAAACUAAAAAAUGGUGAUUGGAAACAAGUUAAUGGUGAAAUACUUAGAUGUUUCGAAAGAUUAACUCAUCCAUUUUUUGAAUUGAUUGUUAAUCUCUUAGGUUGUUAUACAGAAUGUUUAGUUCGACGAGAUGCAAAUCCUGAAGUAGAUUUAAACGCUCUUAUCGCUUGCCAAUCUUGUCCUGGUUUAGAAUCAUUCCUGAAAUCUAUGUUUGAAUCACAAACAAUUCAGUUGUUUUUAGAUCAACGUUCCAGACGACCACCUGAUCAAAAAACUGACUUAUUUGAAAAUCGUGCGUCUCAAUUACGUGGUCAAGCUAAAAACACAUAUCAUUAUAAAGCCACCGUAUCAUUUGGUCCAAUAUUUACAAGUUCAUUAUCAAAUAUUGCAUCAAGUUCUACUAAAUAUGAUUUAAAGCUUGGGCAUAAAAAAUAUAAUUUUGGCAGUCCAGAAUGGUUGCGAGCUAAAAAGUUGAAAAAUCCUGGUCGUAUUUGUCAAAAAGGAUUACCAGAGUCAACGAAACGUGUCAAAUCUGAAAGCUCUUUUACCUGGAAUAUUUUAUCACGAAAGGCUGGACAAUCACUGGUUUUGUAUAAAAAUAAUAAGUUUGGUUCAAUGGAUAUAAAUCCAAAGCAUGCACCGAUAAUGGCACGUAUGCAGGAUAUAGAUCAUUCGUCUUAUCAAAAUCGUCCAAAUUCUUGUUUCGCUAAUUCUACACCUAGUUUCGCAUCUGGGACUCUUCUUAGUAAGAAUCAAUUUUUUAGAAAUUAUCAAAAUAAUCAUUUGGGAAUACAAUCUGCUGACAGUCGUUCUUCAGAUUCUUCAUUCAAAUCAUCCAGUAGUCCAUCAAAUCAAUUUAAUCUAUCUGAUAUGGAAUCAAAUAAACGAUUAAAACGUGAACCGCCACCACGACCUCCUCCACCUCGUUUUCUUCAUAAUAAUAAUCAUAUUCAGUUAAAAAGUAUACAUCAAAUAAAAUCACAAACUCUUGUUAAUGAAAGAAGACAGUCAGUAUUACAGCCAAAAAAUGAUUUCACAAAAUCAUUCGCAAAAUUAAAUCGUAUCAAAAGUGAAAAAGAUGCUGGUGUUAUCUCAUCAGUAUUCGGUGAAACAUCUUCACUAGCGCACGCUAGACGCAAAACAUGCCCGUCCACUGAUAGCUUAUCUGCAUCUUCUCCUCCACCAUUACCUCCACGUCCACAUCCUCCAUCUUUGGAUUGGACCAAACGUUCAACUACAUCUCUUCAACAUUUAGACAAAUGUUUAAAUAAAUCAGUGAAUGGUUAUUUGCGUAAUAGUAAUAUGAACUUGGAUAAACCGAAAAAUGGGACAUCUUUAUGCCGACCAUUGAAAAUACCUAUAACUGCCAAUUCAUCUAGUCAGCGUAGUCGUCAUCAACUCACUGGUAAUAGUAAUGGAGUAAUUGUACCACGUCCUCCUGGUGCUAACGUUCCGCCGCCAUUGCCACCUAGAAAAUUGUCACUGAAAGUUCAAUCACCAUUAUUAUUGAACUCCAAUUCUUUAAAAUCUGUUUCAUAUGAAUCCAAUCCUAACUUAUUGAUGACAAAAUAUACAACAACAGACAGUAAACAACUAUCUCUAUGUGAACGCAGAGCUAAACGAUUUCAAGGUUUAAAUGAUAAAAGCCUACAAAUAAAUCCAAUAAAAAUGACUCUUCCAUUAAAACUCACACAAAACAAUAAAAGUAUACAAUCUGGACAAACGGACACCUACAAAAAACAAACAUCCCAUGAGUCGAUAUCACGAAUUAUAGAUGGUCUAUCACUUGAAUGUCAAAAAUCAAAUUGUUCCACACUAUCACAAUCAAUUUCAGAUAUUCACACUCGAUCUGGAUCGUAUUAUUCUAUCGUAGAAACAAAAACGAAUCCAUUAAAUGUACCGAUAAGAAAUUCUAUUUCAGAAUUAUUAUCGGCGAAAGAGUUGUCUUUGAAUGUUCAAAAUACUGAUAGUAAUAAUGGCAAUAGUGGUGAACAUAGACUACGUGUUCGAUUAAAAUAUGGGACAACUUCCCCACAAAGAAGAAGUAAAUCAACUACUGUGCCAAAUUUAACAUUACAUCGUGCUCAUACUAUAUCCGAUUAUCAACUUCCACGUAAUAAUUUAUACAGAACAAAAUCUAUGAAUGUACCAACGGCUAAUUUUGCACCAAUAGCUUUCAUGGAAUCAAAUCCAGUAGAACUAUGUUGA